AUGGGGUCGGAUUUGCCGGAGAAGGGGUUGGUGCUGCUCAGUUCAUGGGCCAGCAUGUUCGGGAUUCGCGUUAUGAUCGCCCUGGAGGAGAAGGGGUUGGAGUACGAGUACUGGGGGCAGGAUCUGGGAAACAAGAGCGCCACCCUCCUGCGCCUCAAUCCCAUCCACAAGAAGGUUCCCGUCCUCGUCCACGAUGGUCGCUCCAUCUGCGAGUCUCUCAUCAUCCUCCAGUACAUCGACGAGACCUGGCCGGGGGCAGACGGUGCGUCGUGUUUCCUCCCUGCCGACCCUUUGGCCCGCUCCCGGGCUCGCUUCUGGGCCGACUUAAUCGACAAGAAGGUACGUCUCCUCCCCCUUCUUCUUUCUCGCUCUCCCUCUCUUUCUCGCUCUCCCUCUCUUUCUCGCUCUCUCUCUCUCUCUCUCUCUCUCUCUCUCUCUCUCUCUCUUGUUCUCUCUGUGUUCUCCCUCUCUUUCUCGCUCUCUCGAAAUCGGCCAAGCUGGGGCUGGCGUCCCCUUCAUGAUCUUCCUCAGAUUCUCACCGCGCUGGGUUCCGAGGAGUAGUGAGGCCUUCCUCCUGAAGGAUCUACCUUUUCUUCUCCGCUCUUCCUCCCCCCGCCGGAAAUCAGAUGGGUCUCUUUCAUUCGUCCUUCUCCUAAGUUCUCCCCAUUGUCUGCCUACAUCUUCGUGAAUCUGAGCAAAAAUCUCAUUUUCGGUGUCGAAGCUCGCUCCCAACAAUCUCCCAUUCUCCAUUUACCUGCUGAUAUGCGACGUUUCUUCCAGUCCCAAAUGCUUGCUGAAUACACUCGUGUUCAGGAAAACGGUUCUCCAACAUUUCGUACAGUCCAAGCCUAACUGUCCUUCUAUACAUCGACGAGCAUCCAGCUCGUGGAAACAGGAGCUCAAUCGAUGUAACCUUCAUGCUUCGCAGAUAACUGAUGCCGGGGCCAACCUGUGGAUGACCAAAGGAGAGGCGCAGGCCGAGGCGAAGAAGGAGUUCAUGGAAUCCCUGAAACUGCUGGAGGGAGAGCUCGGAGAGAAGCCGUAUUUCGGCGGCGAAACCUUUGGGUUCGUAGACAUUGCCCUUGUGUGCUUCGCUUCCUGGUUCCACACUUACGACGUGUCUGGAAGCCUCAACAUGGAGGCCGAGCUGCCCAAGCUGAUGGCCUGGGUGAAGAGGUGCCAGGAAAGGGAGAGCGUCUCCAAGGCCCUCCCAGACCCUCUCAAGGUCUACGACUUCAUGCUAAUCCUCAAGAAGAGAUAUGGGAUCGAGUAG